AUGAAAAUGGGCUCGUCGAAACGCAAAUCAUCCUUCCGGAUCGAUGACAUACUACACCAGCAGCGUGUCGAACAGCAGAAUCUGCUCUACCAGCAUCAUCAUGCCGGCCGCCUAGCCGGCGGUACCAGCACCGCCAACAGUUUGUCCAGUGACACCGGUCCAGUGCCGUCGGUGGGACAUUCCGCGACCGGUAGCAGUUACAGCGGCCCGCUACAGAACCAUACCGUGCCGCCGGACUGCAGUACGCCACCGGGUUCGCCCGUGCUUGCGUCACCGUUGGCCGUCAGCUCCGGCAGCCACGGUGCGUCGACCCGGUCGGAAUCGCCCAAAAAACCCACCGCCAUGUAUCCGGGGCUGUUGGAUUUUUCCAAAAAUGUCUUACCGAUCCCGCUACAGUUCGGCAUGCCGGCGUUCAAUCCACUCAAUGCCGCUUAUCUGGAGCAUUACGCGUCCGUGCUACACAAAGCAUCGCCACGUGUUUGGCCGUUCUAUCCCCACCCGUACAGCUAUCUGCUGCCAACGUGCGGCUCCAAACGUAAAGGUGGCCAGGUACGGUUCACGCCCCAGCAGACGCAAAGUUUGGAGAAGCGAUUUUCCAACCACAAGUACCUAUCGCCAGAAGAUCGUCGAAAUCUGGCCAUUCAGUUGAAGCUCAGUGAUCGGCAGGUUAAAACAUGGUUCCAAAACCGACGCGCUAAGUGGCGUAGGGCCAACAGUGGCUGCCAAUCGACGGACGGUCUUGGCGCAUCGGAUGGGAUGGGAGAUGCGGCCAAAAUGGCAUCCGCCGCUGGGACGAAUGGUGUCUCCGGUACAACAACCCGUCCUGUGCAUAAUAAAUACACGAGCGAAAACGAUGAAGACGACGGUGCGGAUGAAGGAGUGGCACGGUAUGGCCGGAGAACGUCAUCUUCGAUGGAGUUUGAUGGAAAGAGCACCGACAGCUACUCGGACCGUGGCACGAGUGAAGAACGGGACGAUGAGGAAGAUGAUCGGACAUCACCGAUCGAUGUAAUUUAG